UCUAAUUAAUGAAAAUGCAAAUGUGUAUAUUUCUAAAAGUGUAGACCUAAUGGUCGUAUGAUACAAUAAAGCUAACAAUGACACAUUGACUUUACCACAUGAACAUUAAAGCCCUGUGUUAACUUAAAAGUCCAUAAGUUAUUUUUGAACUAGUUGGACUUUAAAAAUUUGCCCCACACAAAUUUUUGACUAUACAGCACCAGUCUUCCCAUGACAAACGCUGGUGCUCUUUAGUUGAAAAUUGGGGGGUGUCCAAUUUUGUAGUGGAUUUUACAGUCCAACUAGUUCAAGAAAGCCCUUUGUUGUUGCAGGGAGAAGUUACCUAUGUGCGUCAAUGAACCACCGAUAUUCACACGUGAGCAGCUCAUCCUGCUGACGCGUCAGUUGUCGGUUUAUCAGAGUCUGCAGCAGACUGGUCUGUCAGAGGACAGCAUCUUCCACAUCAUGCCCUACAUGCAGCAACAUAUAACAACAAACAUCGAUAUCGACGAACUCCAUCAAAAUGGGAAAGAGUCAAAGGAGAAAAAAGCCGAGAAGGUAGAUGGUGAGGUCAUUCCCUGCGUAAAGACAUCUCUGGAGCAAAUCACAGAUGAGAAGUUAAUGACAGAUGUGGACGAGUUAAUGCGGAAAAUUGGUACAGAUAUGACGGACUUAAAUUCUGAAAUCAAGACUUUUCUCCGUAUUCAUCACAUUAGUCAAGACACUGUGUCAAAACAAAUCGGCACCAGCCAGAGUGUGGUGUCAGCGUUUCUUUUACAUGGUCGAGGGCUGAAACCGGUCAAUAAAAGAGCUCUCUAUACUUGGUACCUGAGGCAGAAGAGGAAUAUGUCAGGGAUAUCAGAUACCAGUUGCAGUCAGCAAAGUACCAUGAAGAGGACAUUCGAUUUGACAAAUGAUAGCCCUGCUCAUGGCCUUGACCACAAGCAGCGCAGGUUUAUGGUGAAGUGGCCAUCAGCAGCUACAGUGAUACUGGAGAGGUUCUUCCAAAUGGACAAAAACCCCACCGAGAACCAGAGAGAGGAGAUUGCACGUGUCUGUAAUGACGAGUUACAAAAAGCAGGUGAAGAGUACCCUCAUGGCCAGCUGAUGACAUCAGCGCAAGUCCAGACAUGGUUCAUGGAUAGGUGGUUUCAGAAUAUAACAAAGCACCAACGAUCGUUGGAGUUAGCUUUGCGGAAAUAG